CCCCUCUAGCCGUCCGGUCCGGGGCGUCCCCCGCCCCCCACGUGUCCACAGCUGCCUCAGCCCCUCGGAGGAAACUGCGCCGCUUCCUGCGGCUCGAGCCGGGGAUAUAGGCGUCCAGCCCCCCGCCCUGGCCCUGGCUCUGGGUCCGCCAGCUGCCUCUCUGCUUCGGCUGCACCAUGGCCUCAAUCGGGACCGGCCGCUGUGGCUCUCCUCAUCUCCCUGCGACCCCAGCCAGACUUGGAAGCCCCCUCUGGCUCCUCCUCCUGCUCUGUUUUACCCAAAAUACCCAAGGCUCUGAUGCUCAGACAGUCCCUGAUGUCAACAACAUGGAACUCUCUAAAUUGCAGAAUGUGAUGACCUCAGAGCAGAAAUAUGAACUAACAGCCAGACAAUGCUGGUUUUUCUAUGAGGAACACAUGGAAAACAUCAGCAGAGAGGACUGGUGUGAAUGGGACAUGAUCAGCAGGCCAUACAGCAACUUACAAUACUGCCUGGAGAAAUUGGCAGAAUUUUUCAAACUGGGUUUCCCCAAUCCCUGGGCUGAGCAGAUCAUCUUCCAGAGUCACCAGAUGUACUUUGCCAACUGCUCACUAGAGCGGCGGCCCCUCUUCUUUGACCCUCCAGAGGAAGUGCUGCUUGCACUGAUCAUUGCUCCCAUCUGCCUCAUCCCUUUCCUUGUCACCCUGGUGGUAUGGCGGAGUAAGGACAGUGAGGUCCAGACAUAAAACAUCCCUGCCCCUCAUCAAAAUAUCUCAGUCCAAUUUCCAAUUCCUCCCCUUCCCUGGGACUCUAUUCCAUCAAUCCUCCCCCCCCCAUUACCCCCUGGGGAAGUUCAGUCUGAACUUCUGGGGGGAAUACGGGAAGAAAGGGAAAGACAAGGUGGGGAUGUGGGCUCUAGAAUUAUCAUAAUAAAUAAACCAAUCAUUGGGAUUUCCCCCUAGAAGAUCUCCAUAAAACUAUAUGUCUUAUCUCUCA